UGAAAUGGCAAGCAGAGGAAGCUGAAUAUUUUCUUGGUUCAGAAUUUCGUUUUGCUGAAGCCGAAAUAGUAAAUAUGCAAGUGAGAUGAGGGUAGUGUAGCAGAGCUUAGCUAUAUCACUAUCGUUAACAUCGUCCUAACGUCUUUGAAUGUGUGAAUGUUGAUAUAAAAACGUGCUUCUGAGGUUUCCUCACGCAACCACGGAUGAUGACCGACAACUUUGACCGAACACCAGGGGCUGGUCGAGUCCGAGGAAAGCCCACCAGUCCCGGCCUGGGGGAGGUAUUCAGUCCGCCACAUCCCGAGAUAGGAGAUGGUGACGCUAAAUCUUCCAUCUUCAACCAGUGCGAACCUCUCAGACAGCCUCGGACUUCGCCGCCGUUGUUGGAGGGCAGCGCUUCUGGAGGCGGGGACUGCAGAAGACCGACUAAAACCAAAUCAAACUCAACACAGACUCCAAACAGUAGCUCUACUGCCUUAAAAUCGCACAACUCAGAUGAUGUAGUGGGAAACUCCAAACUAUCAGUGAACGCAGCGGAGUUUUUCCCAUCCACUUCCACUUACACAUACGAGGAUUUAGAUUAUGAGGAUGACGACGAAGGUUACUACCCUCCAUCUACGCUGGCUGAGUUGGUGCAAGAAAUCCUCAGCCACCUUAACUCAUCCCCGGGUUCAUUUGAGUUUGACAUUGACAACAUCACUGCCACCCUGAAUGAGUGGGUGACUGCAGAGGUAACCCUGGUUGAGCUGGUUGAGCUCAUCUACACCCAGUCCACAUCCAUCCCCAACUUCGCUUACACUGGAGCAAGGCUCUGCAAUCACCUCUCCCAUAACCUGGCUCUCUCCCCAGCCAGUGGCAAUUUUCGUCAGCUUUUAUUGAAGAGGUGUCGAACUGAGUAUGAGCAGAGGGAUCAGGCAGUCCGGGGGAAUGAGGAGACACAGAAAAGCUUUCACUCAUAUGUGCUGUUCUUGGGAGAGCUGUACUUAAACCUUGAGGUUAAAAGUGCUAAAGGCCCCCCAAGCAGAGCAGUGAUUUUGCUCGCUGCCCUGAAGGAUUUGUUGAUCGCACUCUUUUCCAAACCUGUGGAUGGGAACCUUAUUUGCGCAGUGAAACUGCUGAAGCUGACCGGUUCUGUGUUGGAAGAUGCCUGGAAGGAGAACGGGAAGUCAGACAUGGACGAGGUCAUCCAGAAAAUCGAGAAUGUUGUGCUAGAUGCUACCUGCAGCAGGGAUGUGAAGCAGAUGCUGCUGAGGCUGGUGGAGCUGAGAUCGAGUAACUGGGGUCGAGUCCUCAGUGCUUCUGCCUCCAAUGAGGCCACACCAGACAACGACCCAAACUACUUCAUGAAUGAACCCACAUUCUACACUGCAGAUGGGACACCAUUCACAGCUGCAGAUCCAGACUAUUCAGAGAAGUAUCAGGAGAUCCUGGAUCGAGAGGGAUACGACGACUAUGAAGAAAAUGGAAAUGAUGAUUUUGAUUCCGAUGACGAGGAGAUGGAUCCUGAAAUUGAAGAGGCGUUCGAAAAGUUCUGCCUGGAGUCAGAGAGAAAAAAGAAAUCGUAAUGUGAAAUAUUUUUAAGGACUGUGGACAAGCUCAUCUUAUGUUUGACCUGCUGGAUUGUUUUCGACUGGAAACAAAAAAAAAUCAAAACAAAGACAAAACUGUUUUAGUUAAACACUUUUUUUCUGUAGAGUUCAGUGUGGAUCUAGCACUUAAUAGCGGUUAUGUUGCCGAUUUUAAAUGGCCGGGAUUUCUGUUUUUAAGAUGCGGCAAUCAACGUCCACCGUGCAGUUACACUGUGCCCAACAGUUUGAAGUUGGACACUGAUUGGAAAGUUCAUUAUUUGUUUCGACUGUCGAACUUUGUCUCUGCUGCAUGCUAGGAGAGAAGUGUGGAGUGAGGUUUUUAAACUAAACAGCUGAGAAGCAUCAUCAACUGUGUGCGUUUGUAGUUUGAGAUUGCUUACUAACUGCUUAUAAUUGAGACAUACACCCAAAGAACGUUUUGGCCACAGUGACGGGUUACCCUUUUGCAUAGCACACUCCACUAAGAUGGGUACUCAAUCAGUUCAGCAUUGUGGUCAGACUCCCUCAGACAUGCAGAGACAAAAGUAGAGAGCUUUAAAGUUUAAAAUAAACUUGGGUGCGGGACUGUUUGACAACUUGAAAGUUGUUGAACUAGUGGAAGUGGGUUUUUUUUUGUUUUGUUUUUUUCUCUUCUUUUUCAGGAUUAACUGAACCCUUAUUCAGUUUGAAUCUUUGGCACUGCUGGUCAAGAGAAAAAUCUGCCUACAUUCAUUAAUAAGUUAUUUUAAUUUUGAAACUUACCUGUGAAACGUUGCUCCGAAUUGCACAGUUUGCCAGUUUUAAAGAAGCAGAAGCUGCAAAAUGUACAAGGUGGAUUCGCUUAAAUUACACCCGGUGUUGUUUAUAUAGCAUACCAUCAUACGAAUCCCAUACAAAAGAAUGUUAUUUUAUAGUUUUGUAAAUAUUAUUUACAGUAUUGAUUGCCUGCAAUAAAUCUUUAUAAAAGAG